UCGCAACAUGUCUUGAAACUUUUUUUUUUUCCUCUCUGCUGACUUCGAAUUGUGUGUGUGGCACAACAAGUCGAUCCCGGUUUGUCUCUGCAUGGUUCGAUCGGAGAGCAACAAAAAGGAUUCCCUUGAGAACAAUUCCAUGAUCUAUUGAGUGUCAAGCCAAAGAUUUGUCCGGCAAACAGCACGAGUCAUGUACCAGGUUGUACCCGGGGGAGCGGGCGGCACCAUAACAGAUGUUAUCCCCAAGCAAAAACACAGCAAGGACACUAGACCCUUAGUCGGAGCAGGAGUUCUUGGCUUGAUUCUAGUGAUCGCAGCAGUGACUGCAUGGUCGUAUUACAUCGCUUCACUCCGAAAAGCUGAGCUGCUCAAGACUCAAUUGCUGGAUCUGAAUAAAGAUGGUUACAUUAUCCGUAACCAGGCAGGAGCAAUUGUUUUCAGAAUGGAUUUUAGGUCAGGGACAUUGGAUUUAGACUCUUGCACCAAAGAAGGCGAGCUUCUUAGCUGUGGACGCACAACUGAUAGAAGCCUCAACUUCUUCAUUGAGACAGUGCGACCCAAGGACACGGUGCAGUGCUACCGUGUGCGUUGGGAGGAGCUGGUUCCCGACAUUUCGGUGGCACACGCAAUGACGUACAAGUUUGCCCACUGGUAUGGCGGUGCGGUGUCUGCUAUUCAGCACUGGCCUAUUUCCGUCUCCGGCCAACAGUCCCCCAAACCUUUUGUUACGAGUGACAUCUACUCCAAUCGCAACGAGUUUGGAGGGAUCUUGGAAAGCUAUUGGCUUUCGUCUAAUGCUACAGCUAUCAAAAUUAAUAAUUCCGUACCGUUCCACUUGGGCUGGAACGACACGGAGAAGACCAUGUAUUUCCAAGCGAGGUACAACGAUAGUCCCUUCAAGCCAAAUCCGGGGGAGGCGCCAUGUGCCGAACUUAGCUACAGAGUUUGCGUCGGCUUGGAUGUCACAUCCAUCCACAAGUACAUGGUUCGUCGAUACUUCAACAAACCAAACAAGGUUCCUGCCCAAGCCAUGUUUCAACACCCUGUCUGGUCCACAUGGGCGCUUCAUAAGACAGAAAUUAAUCAAGAAAAACUUCUGACGUACGCCGCCAACAUCCGGAAAUAUCACUUUAACUGCAGCCACCUGGAGCUGGACGAUCGCUACACACGCCGCUACGGAGAGUUUGAGUUUGACCCAAUGAAGUUCCCCAAUACCUCGUUGAUGUUUCAAAAACUCAAAUCCGAUGGAUUUCUUGUCUCCCUCUGGAUUCACCCUUUUGUGAACUACAACUCCGACAACUUCCACACUUGUGUGGAAAGGGGUCUGUUUGUACGGGAGCCCACAGGCCAGCUGCCAGCUUUGGUCCGCUGGUGGAACGGCAUCGGUGGAAUCGUGGACUUCACCAACCCAGAAGCUCGCGAUUGGUUUGCCUCGCAGCUGCGUUCCCUUCGCUCCAGGUACGGAGUGUCUUCUUUCAAGUUUGACGCCGGUGAGACCAACUACUUGCCGUGGAAAUUCAGCACCAGAACUCCCAUUCGGGAUCCAAGUUUUUUCACACGACGCUACACAGAAAUGGCCAUUCCCUAUAACGACAGAGCCGAGCUACGUAGCGGCUACCAAUCUCAGAACAUAUCGUGCUUCUUCCGGCCCAUUGAUCGGGACUCUGUUUGGGGCUACGAAUUGGGCCUCAAAUCUCUCAUCCCCACAGUGCUUACCAUCAGCAUUCUGGGUUAUCAAUUCAUCCUACCUGACAUGAUAGGAGGAAACGCCUACCUCAACCGCACCGAUGGAAAUCGGGCAUUACCCGACCGGGAACUUUAUAUUCGCUGGCUGGAGCUGUCAGCUUUCAUGCCCUCCAUGCAGUUUUCCAUCCCACCUUGGGCGUACGACAACGAGGUUGUUGAAAUUGCUCGCAAAUACACGGCUCUCCAUCAGAGUAUCGUAGCCCCGCGGGUCUUGGAACUGGCUGGUGAGGUUCUGGACACUGGUGACCCAAUUAUACGACCCUUGUGGUGGAUCGCCACAGGUGAUGAGACCGCCUAUAAAAUAGACUCCCAGUUUCUUAUUGGAGACGAUCUCAUGGUAGCUCCUGUUUUAGAGCCUGGAAAGCAAGAACGGGAUAUUUACCUCCCAGCUGGUCGCUGGAAAAGCUAUAAAGGGGAGAGGUUUGAUAUUAAAGAGCCUCUGCACCUCACAGACUAUCCUGUCGAUCUGGAUGAAAUUGCUUACUUUCUUUGGGUGUAGAACGAGCGAGGGUAUGCCAAGUUCAAGAGCUCGCUUCGAAAAUCCGAAUACAUAUUUGAUCAUCAAGACUGCUCAAACAGGUCUCGAUUCAAAUUCAAACACUCAGCGAACCUAAAAAGCUUACCCAAGAGCCAUCAAUCUUUAAAGGAUGUUUCAUUUUUUUCCCCUCUGCACUUUUGAGUGAAAGACAUCAUGAAAAUGUAUGGUCAAUAAAUGCCUUCAAAAGGAAUUUACUGUGAAUCAAAGCAUAUGAGGACUUAGAAGACAAGAGGAAUGGUCCAAGUAUGUGUUCGCAUUCAAUCAGAUUACUCUAACUAAUUUUCUUAGUCGACUAGCAGAUAUGCAACUGAGCUCAGAAUGAUUUAAUCCCCACGCAGGAGUUUGCAUUGUCAGCAACAAAACAGUUGUUGGCUAAAAAACAUGUGAUACACUUUCUCAGGUUGCUUCUCGCUGAGGCUCAGUUUAAGGCGACAGAGUUUUAAAAAAAAUAAAAUAAAAAUCUAAAUCUUGAUGAGCUAAUAGCGAAGGAUUUCAUUUCUCUGAGUGAACGUACUGUGGAUCUUUCUAGUUUAUUUUAUAGUGUUUAAUUAUCUUACAAAAGUAUUUCCCCCCCUCACCAAGAUUAUGCUUCAUUUGUUAAGAAACAAUAUUAACACUUACCUUUCUAUCAUGAGAAAAUAAGCUUAUUAUUUGUGUAUUAAUUCAUGAAAGCUGUGAUAUCUUGAAGUGGCUUAUACUAAUUUGUACUGUUUUUCAGGACUUGUAUUGCUCACAUUUCAUUGUGAUAUUUUACUUAGUGAUGCAAAACAGACAGAAUGCCCCAGAAAUUUCUCCCAAUUUUCUUAAGACAUGCAAAGUCAAAAACUUCAUUCUUUUAAAACUUAUAACAUGUUACAAAAUUUAUGAAUAUUUAUUAUGUUGAGUACUGCAUGCAAUGAUGUUUUGUUGUGAUCUAUUUUGCUUCCAUUGAAAUGUUUCUAAAUACAGUUGGACCAGGCUACCUCCACAAAUGCAUAUUGCAUUAUUAUUAUUUGUUAACGCCAUCUGCCUUCGACUCGUGCGUACUGUGGACUUUGCUUAAACAUUAACCUCAGUGGGAUCUGUGUGUACCUCUGACAUAGUUGCAUGCAAACAGCGCUACCUAUAUUUAGCAGUUCUCACUCAGUUACUAUUUCUGUCACGGACACUCUUGCCUUAUGACAAGAACUAUCAUGAAGUGAAUGUUGCUUAUUGCUUUUUGACCGUGUUGGCGUGUGUGAGUAAUUUGGGUCACUGAUAGUGAGACCGUGUCAUGUUUUUUUUUUUUUGUUUGAAUGCAAUAAAACUUUUUAACUGUA